UACCACUCCACACCCAGCCAUCCAGCCUUUACGCUUCAGGGCCAUGGGGAUUGCCUUUUUAGGAGACACCUGACCACAGCUGAACUCCCUGCCGCCCAACACAAAGACACUGAUAACGUGGUGCUUUCUUAUGUGUGUGCACGGCCGCCCUUGGUAAUGACAGUGUUUGUGUGUGAGACAACUGAUGAGAAACUAGACGAGAGCUGUGAGGUUGAGAAGGUGGCAGAGCUGUUAUGUAGUGGAGACGGACAACUGUGGGAGCUCCACAUCAAGCGGGAAUCUAUCCAACAUUGUGAGAGCUGGUGAGGCCACUUGAAGUUCUUCAGGAUGUUUUGGGACAUAAGAGUUUGACGUUUUUUCCACUGAGAGACCUACAGUUAAAAGGAGUUCAUAUUUUGGCACAAGUUUGUGCCAGGAACCAUCAAGAGAAGCGAAGAGAAGAGAAGAUCUUUUUUUGUUGGGAGAGCUAACGUGAGCAGAGCCCGGCAUCAUGGAGAAAUUCAAGGCAGCCAUGGUUCUGGGUGCGGUUGGUGAUGCCUUGGGCUACAGAAAGGGCCAUUGGGAAGGCUGCACCUCAGGCAAGAAGAUCCAAGAGGAGCUGGCCUCUCUGGGGGGACUUGGGGCCCUAAGACUUGACCCUGAUAACUGGCCCCUGAGUGAUGCAACACUGAUGCACAUCACCACAGCAGAAGCACUUAUAACGGAUUACUGGUGUCUGGAUGAUCUUUACCGGGAGCUGGUGCGUCUCUAUGUUGAAGCCAUGGUGUCUCUUCAGGGCAGAGCCCCUGAUCCUGCCACAGUGGAGGGCUGCGUUCAUCUCAAACCUCACAACUUCCUGCUCGCCUGGCAUACACCCUUCAAUGAAAAAGGGUCUGGGUUUGGGGCAGCUGCCAAGGCCAUGUGUGUGGGCAUGAGAUACUGGCAACCUGACAGACUAGACAGCCUGGUGGAGGUCAGCACUGAGAUUGGCAGAAUGACCCACAACCACCCAACAGGCUUCCUAGGCUCCAUGGCAACGGCACUGUUUGCAUCCUUUGCCAUCCAGGGGAAACCUCUUGUGACCUGGGGCCGCGAGCUCAUGAAGGUCAUCCCUCGAGCUGAGGAGUACUGCAGGAAGACCAUACGACACAUGGCAGAGUAUCAGGAAAACUGGUUCUACUUUGAGGCCAAGUGGCAGUUCUACCUGGAAGAGAGAGAGAUAGAGAAGGAUGGACAGAACAAACCUUUGUUCCCUGAUCGCUAUGAUGCUGAAGAGACGGACAAGAUGUAUAAGCGGUGGAGCUCAGAGGGGCUUGCGGGCCGCAGAGGUCAUGAUGCCCCCAUGAUAGCCUACGAUGCCCUUCUGGCAGCAGGGAGUGACUGGGCUGAACUGUGUAAAAGAGCCAUGUUCCAUGGAGGCGAGAGUGAAGCCACAGGCCUGAUCGCAGGCUGUUUAUAUGGCCUCAUGCAUGGCCUGAAUCAGGUUCCCGCAGUCCUAUACCAGGAUGUAGACAAAAGAGAGCGUCUGGAGGAACUGGGAGAGGCGCUGUACAAAGCAGCAUCUGCAGAGAAGUGCAUAGACAAACCAGAUUCUCGGAAAACCAGUAUCAGCCCUGAUGCACGUAUGUUAAGGAAAUUGCUUAGAGACCGCAACUGCCGCCCUGUGCUCCGAGGGAUUUUGGAGAGUCUCCUGCAUUACCUGACACAGGAUUUGCCCAAGCUGACUGCCAGAAACCCACAGAAGCCAGGGUCGGAUAUUGGAGUUGAAAGAAACACAGAUUUGGCUGAUCAGAGAGUUGAGACUUCAGUGAAACAGACUCAGCUUCAGACAAGUUGUACGAUUGUUCAGCUCUUCAAAGAGCAUAAAAUGACCCACAGGAAGACUGCUGACACCACUCCCAACAGAUUGCCUAGCAGGUGGGGAGGAGAUCAAAAAGAAGGAGGCUUAAUACACCGGCGCCUUACCACAUUCCAGCUCCUCCAAUCCAAAUUCACACGGUCCACACCCAAAUCUCCCAUCACCCACCAAAGGGAGGUAGGAUCUCUGUCCUCCAGCAGAGGAGUGGCAGGUAAAGUGAGCCACUGCCAAGACAGUGAGUGUGACAUUCACAAGAGGGACCAGACUAGGAGAGAACAAGGACUGAAGAAGGCGGGUAGCGUGAAAGAUAUCAUAGCCAAGUUUGCCGUGGCUGAGCAAAAAGAAAAGGGAGAGAAUAUGAAAAAACAGCCAAUCAAACCAAGAGUCAUUGGAAGAGGGAUUCUCCUGUCUUCCUUGAUGGAGAGGUUUGAGAGCAUGGCCACUGUAUGUAAGGGACAUGAAUUAAAAUGUUCACAAGAAAAACCAUCUAGAGGAGUAAAGGUGACAGGUUGCAUAAAAGAGAGGGUGGCUUGUCAUGAAAGAUGGCACCAACAGGCACUGGAUCAAACUGUUCACAAACAAAACCAACACAAGCAAAUCAAAAGUAAAUCUGUUGGAUGGCAGUUGAAAGGAAAUCAAACUACAAAUGGGCAAGAACAAAGACAAGAGCAGACAGAAGAAGGUUUAACAAAAGUAAAACUAGAAGAAAAAAAUAAUUCAAUUAUGGAACAAAUGAGGCAAAUGGGGGACCAGCAUUCAGAUCAAAACUCUGAAGGGCAUUGCUUAUUAAACCAUAAAGAUCAAGCUUAUAGGAGUGACAUUAAGGGCAGGAGCUCGAGGGAAUGUGGUGAAAUUCAGACGACAAUAGAAGGAAAUGGUAUCACCAAGAAGUUAGAAUAUGGCCAUCUGAAGCUCAUCUGUUUAACAUCUGUCACCGAGAGGUUGCUCCCAGAGCCUUACAGGCUUUUUCCACAGGUGGAAGCCCAUGUGAAGUGGCAUGUAGCAACCAUCGAGACCUGCCCUCCUGUGUGGUCCACAUGUGUAGAUUCCUCUCCUAAAAUAUAUUCUGUGGAACCGACAGGAAGCUCACCCUUCGAAAACACACUUAACUUGAAGACAGAAGUUCCUCAUGGAGCCCUACAACACUCUGACAGGGAAUCAAGCACAGGCGAACCUUCCACUGCAGCAGCUGAAGAGAGAUGCCCUUUAAAGCCAGAAAUCGAUGGACUUUCCACAUAUGUAGGCUGCGACCACGUAGAGUACGGAGCAGUGGAAGAUUCAUCCAAAGCUGUGACCUCUCAAAAAAGGUUGCCUAAGUAUGUCAUACCAUAUGUUUGCAGAUUUGAUUAUCAACAAGAUGAUGAUGAUGAGAUUAAUUCCUCCUCUCAACUGGCACCUCAGCCAGAAAAUAUAACUCCUUUGAUUGCAAUGCCACCGCCACACUCUGAUACUUGUAUGACUGCUUUUAAUAAUGGAUCGGCGACAGUGGGAAUUAACCUAUGCCAUCCUAAUACAAUUACGGUACAAACAUUAACAAAAAGGAAACCAACAGAGGGUAAUCUACAUGGAAAAGAAGGGGAGGCUAGGGAGAGGAGAGAAGAAAUAACACCUGUGGACAUGAACAAUGAUACUUCUGUGACUGCUUUUAACACAGGAUUGGCAAUCCGUGGAAUGAACCUAUGUCCUUCUAAUAAAGUGAAGGUACAAAUGAUAACAAAAAAGAAACCAAACGAGGGUAAACCACAUGAAAAAGGCGAGGAGGCCAGGGACGGAAGAGAGAAAAUAACACCAGUGGAUAUAAACGAUACCAGUGUGCUGCAAAAUUUUGGACUUUCUGAAGAAAGUGCCAAUAAAUCUGCAUUUGAAUACAGCAACAUGUCUGCUGAAACAUUACCAAAGGUUGAACCUGAGAGACACAAUCCAAAACAGAGAACAAAGUACAGAACGAUUAACUACGGUGAUCCUUCAGUCAAACAAACAUAUAAACCCAAAAUCAUACGAUUCACUGACACCUUCACUUUCUAGGAUGGUACCAAUGGACAGUGAUGCACAAUCUCAGAACUUUUUCCUUUCAUGCAGACUGCGCAAAGAAUUUUAAUCAUGAUUUAAUUUACGACUUAAUCUUGACAAAGCGCUAGAAACAUCAAUGAGUCCAAACUGGUAGAAAGAUGAGCAUUUGGUCUAUCAUGCCUUUAUCAAAGCAUACAUGAUUCAACAAUGGACAGGAAGGUAAAAGUCACCAAUCCCAUUCUAAUUGAUGGCAAUAUGCAGCACAACCCUGAAACCCUGUUAGAAACUCCAGCUUCACACUGCAAUUCUUAAGAGGUAGAGUUUCUACUACCAGGGUUGUGCACAGUUGCACACUGCCACGAUUAGAAUACGAUUAGUUACUUUUGCAUGCCUGUCCAGUGCUGAUUCAUGUAUGCUCUGAUGAAGGUCUGACAAACAAAAAGCUCAGUUGAGGAGAUUUAAGUGUGGAAGCAUUUUCUACCAGUCACUCUCAACGUACGGUUUUACAUUAGCAGCAACACACAGUUACCACAAAGUUACACCUACAAAAAUACAGUGUGAGCAACAAGUAAAACUAGCUACUACACUAGAAAAACUUGCAUAUCACAACAUUCUUUACAAAAAUUAGCACCUUCACUACUUGCAACACAUAAAAUGAUUUCACACACACACACAGUAUCAACACUGUUAACACGUUAGACUGCAUAAACUGUAGCAUAAACAAGUAGCCUAUAGCCCAAGCAUCAACGUUGAAUAAUGUGAUAUGAAGAAGACAACAUAUUAGAAGACAAGAUUGACCUUUUCAUCUUUACAUUUUGAGGGUGUAUUAUAACUUAAUGAAAUAUUAAUCUAUGUGAAUCUAUGUGUCCAUUUUCUGUCCAUUAUUUGGGCCUAAGCAGGGUCCAAGCACCCCGCUCAACAACAAGAUUUUUCACCUGGGAAAGCAAAUGCUAACGUUUUAUUGUAUGCUGUAUUAUUUAGAAAGAUAAUGCAUGUAAAACUGCCUGAUUUUUCUAUAUCAUGGCCAUAAUACAGCACAGUAAUAUGCAGUAUUUGAAUAAAGGUACAAAAAUAUGCUUGACCCAAACUGGCUGCUGAGUUGAUGUAUAUGUUUUGUAUAUUGAUUAUUUUGUGGGGGGGCUGUCCAAAAAUGCUCAUAAAGGUCACAUUUCAUGGUCUUAAAUCAAGUCUAAAGGGGACACAGUGACGAUUGCCCAGAGCAGAUGAAUGGUUGCACACAGCAGUGCCAAAAAUGUCAGCGGUUGGAAGCUCAGCCAGUUCACAGAUCCAUCCCCGCCCACCAGCAGGAUUACGCUGCUGCUGAAACAUGAGUCUGCAUUUGGAUUUACUCCGAUAUUUUCACAAGAGGAUAAGAGAUCGAGGCCUACAUGAUCCAUCAUCUGUCUAUCCCAAGGCUUAUCCUGAGUGGCAACAGUGACGAUGAGGAGUGUGGUGUUGUCACUGCGUGUCUAUAUAGGGCAGAAACACUUUGAAACACAGAUUUUUAGUAAUCUGAUUUAGGUAGGUAAAGCAUGACAUACAAGUUGGCAAAUAUCUGUAAACUUGCAUCCUGUUAAGUAGCCUGGUUAAAACGACAUAAAACACAGUCAUACACACACACACACACACACACACACACACACACACACCCCAAUACACUGAAUUAAAAAGGAUGUUUGUGGUCUUCAUGGAAAUAAAAAAAUAAAAAAUCCAAAAACUGCCA